AUGCCUGCUCCUACGACUCCUGCAGGAGAUGACUCCCACCAGCUACUCUUGGACAAGCUAGACCUUGUCUCAAAGCGAAAAUCAUUCCGCAAUCCCAAUUGGAAACCCUCCCAGCGUCGCAACAAGAACAUCAAGCAAAUAGUCUCAGAGGCCUCUCGCAAAGAGGCUUCAGCUUUGGCAACGAACAACAACAGUGGUGCCACUACACCCAAUCCCUCUUCUUUGAAUACUGGAGCUGCGACUCCUCAAACCUCUAGUGGCCCGAAUCUUCAGCCCAGUAUUUCUUUUACCGCGCAAAAUCUCUCAACAAUGGUGCUGGAAAAGAAUCUAAAAGCGCAGCAAGCUUCCAUUGGGAACGGACCCGUUGCUACAUACACGAACAUUGAGAGCGCACCAAGUCUGCACCCUGCCAGUCAGAAGCAUUACUGUGACAUUACGGGCUUGCCUGCGAACUACACAGAUCCAAAAAGCAGGCUGAGAUACGUGAAUAAAGAGGUCUUUGAUGUGUUACGAAGCCUACCACAAGGAGUUGCAGAAAAGUAUUUGGAGGCUAGAGCUGCUCAUGUGGUGCUGAAGUGA